AUGCUCGCCCUCGCUCUUCUCGCGACGCCCUCAACCGCCGCCUCUCGCCCCCGUCCGCGGCGCGGGGGGGCACUCAUCGACACGCGCAACCGCACCGACUUCAGCACCAAGCUCGAGACCGACGCGCCGACGCUCGCCCUCGCGGCGUCUGCCUCGCGCAAACCCAACAAGGCCGCGGAGCUCCUGCUCCACCAAGACGUCCUCGGGGGUGGGGGGGCGCUGUUCGGUGCCCGUCCGGACCUCGCCUCCUUUGGCGAGGCUGCCGGCGCGGUCAAGAAUGGCGACGUCUCGCUCGCCGACUCCACCGCCAACUCCGUCGGUGUCACGUGCGGCGGCGGCGGCGCCCCUGUGUGGUGCGCGGAGCCGCCGCCGCCGCUCACCGAGCUCUGCGUCUCCGAGGAUCCGAUAAAGGCCUCGGGCUCCACGAGCAACGAGACGGUCUGCACGACCGCCACGGCCCACUCCAAGGGCGAGGCCGACGAGACGGACACAAAGAACAAGCCUGUCCCGGGCUCCACGACGGACGAGGCGGACUGCACGACCGCCACGGCACACUCCAACGUCGAGAUCGGGAUCGGUAAGACCUACCCGACUACCUCCAUGAAGCUCAACAUCGGCGCCUACGCCGAGCUCGCCCCCUUAUUUGACGAGACUUCCGGCGCGACGAAGAUCGGCGACCCCUCACUCGAGGAGAGCUUCACGACCGCCACGCCCCUCUCAGAGGUCGAUGUGGCCUCGCUGCUCUUCCUCAACCCUUGUGCGGCCGUGCUGGCGCUGCUCCUCGCGGCGUGCCUUGGGCAGGUCAAGAAGAAGAGCGUGGAGCGCAGCAGCCACGCAGAGAUCUCCGUACCCUUGCUUUCCAGCACGCGUGCUCUCCGAGUUGGCAUUGUGAUCCUCUUCUUCCUGCAGGGCGUAUGCGGCACCCCACCGUCCCCACCGCCGCCGCUGCCACCGGGUUUCCCUGGCGGCUACUUCAUCACCGGCCCGUGCUCGCUCACGGACGGCGGCUGGUGCGCCGCGUCGCCAAACUACCCGAACAGCUACGGCAACAGCGAGGAGUGCACCAUCAGCGGUGUGCCGCCGGUCGGGCUGGAGGUGAUCGGUUUUGAUGUGGAGGCGUACGGCUGCCGCUACGACUAUCUCACCGUCAACGGCACAAAGUACUGCGGCACCUCGGGGCCGAGUGGCGCGGUGGCGGAGGACGGCGUCAUCGAGUGGCGGUCGGAUGGCUACGUAGUCAAGUCGGGCUGGAAGAGCGAGGACCAGCUCCGCAACCUGAUCGAGGAGGCUACCCUGAUCGAGGAGCCGACGUCUGCCGACGACGGCGGCGUCGUCUACGCGUAUGAGAACAGCGGUGCGGUCGCGAUAAUCGGCUCGACCGUGUCGGGCUGCUCUGCUAAUAACGGCGGCGUCGUCUACUCGGCGAACAGCGGUGCGGUCUCGAUAACCGGCUCGACCGUGUCGGGCUGCUCUGCUGAUGGCGAUUACGGGUACAGCGGCGUCGUCUACGCGUUUCGCAGCGGUGCGGUCUCGAUAAGCGGCUCGAGCGUGUCGGGCUGCUCGGCUGGCGCUGACGGCGGCGUCGUCUACGCGCUUCAGAACAGCGGUGCGGUCGCGAUAAUCGGCUCGACCGUGUCGGGCUGCUCUGCUAAUUGGGGCGGCGUCGUCUACGCGUUUCGCAGCAGUGCGGUCUCGAUAAGCGGCUCGAGCGUGUCGGGCUGCUCGGCUCGCGAUAACGGCGGCGUCGUCUCCGCGUAUAACAGCGAGUCCCUCUCCAUCGCGGGUGUCGACUUCAUCAACAACUCGGCUUCAACAGGCUCGGUGCUGUACCUGCAAAACCACGAACAAACCUCCAUCAGCAACGCCUCCUUCACUGGCAACGACGGGCUCCUUUAA